CCCAGGCGCACAACUUAUGUUUUUUAUGCUUAUGCUGUAACGGAGUAUCUUUGUGUUGUCCAGACUUGGGCGAAAUCAAGAUAACGUACUCUACGUUGGCGUUUGCUGAACCAUCAAAGGGAGAACAUGUAACCAUUUGCUGAGCGUUCCAGCACCAAAGACUUCAAACCAGCAACGGCGAACUUUCACCAUCUAAUCUUUACUCCUCAACUUUGAACAUCAAUAUACCUAGCACCAUACUUACGCCAAAAGAGACGUCUGCACAUGCAUCCCAAUUCUCACAGAGGAGCAAGGAAGAGGAACUCCGCAAUGCCUUCUCCGGUAAAAGCUUCAGGGGUUUCUUUCAGCCUUUCACCGCCUGCGCGGGUUCGAAUUGGCACAGGGUUCCGGAUAAGGAUUCGGGCGCCCGCCAAUGAAGACAAUGGUUCGAUGGCCAUCGUAAGGCUCGUGCGCGUGCCUUCCUGCCGAGACAAUUCGUCGACAACGGGCUUGCUCGCCUCCGCGGACCUGUUCCAGGGAAACGUGGUUGGAAACUGGCAGGCCGAGACGAGCCAACCCGCCAGCAACGGCCAGCAAUACGAAAUUAUGGAGUUCAAGUCCCUCGUCGUCAACCAACCGGGCUCCUACUAUCUGAGGAUCCAACUCUACGGCGCGCCGGCGGCCAGUGGGGAAAGAUCUGGCUUCCAUGUGGAGCACAUCAGAAAUCUGGAUAGCGAGAGGUUCUAUGUGGGGACAUGAUGGAUGAUGCUAGUACCAAGUUCUGCAAGAACUUCACGCUAAUACAAUGUGCACAUAGUUUAAAAAAUUCUGGCCUUGAUCGGGAAAAGAGGCUCUGCGCGUCAGUUCAGGAAAAAGCUCUGUAAUAUUUUUAGGUAUUUGAUUGGGUCCUUCGGUGGUACUUUACCGAAUUUCAUUUGUUUCUCCGUUAGAAGGUGGCAAACCCCGAUAUUUUGUCCUCGUGGAGACAUCCUCGUCCUCCUCCUUAAUACGCUUAUUACCUAUUGUCUUCGUCUAAUUAAUACUCGGAAGGGGCGGUGGCAUGGUACGACUAUCUCUAGGUGGGUAGUUUAUGGGCUUUUUAUAAUAAUCUGAAAGACUGAUGAGAUAUGAAUCAAUAUAGAUCGUUGAUGUGUUAUAAUAAUAAAAAUUAGUUGCACGAAAAAAAACCACUUCUGAUAGUGCGAAACGCUUACGAAUACCUCCCCGCUUCUCGAAUGUAUUGCAAGAGAACGUCCUUUGUAAAUAAGUAGUUUUUUUCUCGAGGGGAAUAAUAGAC